AACUCACACAAUUUCACCGAAAUCCUCCAAUACCCCACCCUACGAAUCUUCCAACCCCUCCGACGAUGCCUUCCGCGCCGGCGCUCGUCCCCGCGUGCGACAUGCAGGAGCCGUUGCUGGCGGAGUCGUCCGACCGCUUCUCCAUGUUCCCGAUCCGGUACCCGCAGAUUUGGGAGUUCUACAAGAAGGCGGUGGCGUCCUUCUGGACUGCCGAGGAGGUGGACCUCUCCGCGGACGCGCGCCACUGGGACGCGGCCCUCUCCCCCGACGAGCGCCACUUCAUCUCCCACGUGCUCGCCUUCUUCGCCGCCUCCGACGGCAUCGUGCUCGAGAACCUCGCCUCCCGCUUCAUGUCCGAUGUCCAGGUCGCCGAGGCGCGCGCCUUUUACGGCUUCCAAAUCGCCAUCGAGAACAUCCACUCGGAGAUGUACUCGCUGCUGCUCGAGACCUACAUCCGCGAUGGCACCGAGAAGGACCGCCUCUUCCGCGCCAUCGAAACCGUCCCCGCCGUACGCCGCAAGGCCGACUGGGCCAUGCGCUGGAUCGACGGCGGGGAGCGCUUUGCCGAGCGCCUCGUUGCCUUCGCCUGCGUCGAGGGCAUCUUCUUCUCGGGCUCCUUCUGCGCCAUCUUCUGGCUCAAGAAGCGCGGCCUCAUGCCGGGCCUCACUUUCUCUAAUGAGCUCAUCUCCCGGGACGAGGGCCUCCACUGCGACUUCGCCUGCCUCCUUUAUGACCUCCUUCGGGGCAAGCUCGAUGAGUCCCGCGUCCGCGAGAUCGUUGCCGACGCCGUCGACAUCGAGCGUGAGUUCGUUUGCGACGCGCUCCCCGUCGCGCUGGUCGGAAUGAACGGCGGGCUCAUGAGCCAGUACAUCGAGUUCGUCGCCGACCGCCUGCUCAUGGCGCUGGGGCACAGGAAGAUGUACAACGUCGCCAACCCCUUCGACUGGAUGGAGCUCAUUUCCCUGCAGGGCAAGACUAACUUCUUUGAGAAGCGCGUCGGGGAGUACCAGAAGGCGUCCGUAAUGUCCAGCCUCAACGGCGGCGCUGCUGCAAACCAUACCUUCAGCAUCGACGAGGACUUCUGAGUUGACAGUUGUGAUCGCGUGCUUAAUUUAUUGCUCCGAUAAUCUCAUAAGUCAUAACUCAUAACCUUAUUGUGCUUUUUCUUGCUUGCUAGUUGUAGUAGAGGUAAUUACUGAUCUGGAUGGAGCAAGGCAGUGGUUUGGCAGCCACCAUAUGAUAUAUAUAUAGGUGGAUGGAUGGUCUUCCAUUCGCUAGAAGUGAGCUGUAUUGUCCUAUCUGAAUUACUUGUCUUCAAUGUGAAUUUUUUAUUAAAUCGCUGGAACGAUACUCACAUUCGAUCCUUCUCGUUUGUCAGCCAAAUAAA